CUGUGUUUCCCUGGAAUCGGACAGGCGGCUCCAGGCAGUGAGAAAUCGCAGAUGUGCGGGACCUGACACAUGUCCAGCUAAUGAAAGGAGAAGGCAGGCUGGGCUCCGGCUGCGCUCGAAGAUCACGGGCGGAGGAGGAGGAGGAAGAACGCUUUUCUUUCUGUUUGAAAGAAACGAGGUGUAUCGCACGGCAGCUGGAUCCUCGCAACCUUGCUGGUUGCUGGUGAGAAGAGGGUGCCAGUGAUGCCCGGAUCGCCCGUGGAAGUGAAGAUCCAGUCCAGGUCCUCUCCUCCCAACAUGCCGCCGCUGCCCCCCGUCAACCCCGGCGGCCCCCGGCCCGUGUCCUUCACUCCAGCUGCACUGCCCAACGGAAUAAACCAUUCCCCACCAACACUGAACGGGGCCCCAUCCCCACCCCAGAGGUUCAGCAACGGCCCUUCCUCAUCCUCCUCCUCCUCCCUGACCAACCAGCAGCUCCCAGCCACGUGUGGGGCCCGGCAGCUCAGCAAGCUGAAGCGCUUCCUCACCACCCUGCAGCAGUUUGGGAAUGACAUCUCACCCGAGAUCGGGGAGAAGGUUCGCACCCUCGUUCUGGCUCUCGUGAACUCGACGGUGACAAUUGAGGAAUUUCACUGCAAGCUGCAAGAGGCGACCAACUUCCCCCUCCGGCCGUUUGUGAUCCCCUUCCUGAAGGCCAACCUGCCUCUGCUGCAGCGGGAGCUGCUGCACUGUGCCCGUGCUGCCAAGCAAACACCCUCCCAGUACCUGGCACAGCACGAGCACAUCCUGCUCAACACCAGCACCACCUCCCCUGCUGACUCCUCCGAGCUGCUCAUUGAGGUCAAUGGCAAUGGCAAGAGGCACAGUCCAGACAGGAGGGAAGACAGCAGCUUUGAGAGGGAGCCACUGCCGACAGAGCCUCCUGCCAAGAGGGUUUGCACCAUCAGCCCCGCGCCCCGGCACAGCCCUGCCCUCACCAUCCCCCUGAUGAACCCCAGUGGGCAGUUCCACCCCACCCCACCACCCCUCCAGCACUACACCUUGGAAGAUAUUGCCACCUCCCACCUCUACAGGGACCCCAGCAAGAUGUUGGAGCACAGAGAGAUCCGGGACAGGCACAGCGGGCUUGGAUUGAACGGGGGCUACCAGGACGAGCUGGUGGAUCACCGCCUGACAGAGCGGGAGUGGGCGGAUGAGUGGAAGCAUCUCGAUCACGCCCUGAACUGCAUCAUGGAGAUGGUGGAGAAGACGCGGCGCUCCAUGGCGGUGCUGCGGCGCUGCCAGGAGGCCGACAGGGAGGAGCUCAACUACUGGAAGCGGCGCUGCUGCGAGACGGCCGAGCCACGCAAGGCGGGCGCCGAGCUGCUGAGCCGCCAGCACAGCCCCGCCAGCGCCGACCCGGGCAGCGCAGAUUCCCUGCGGGAGUUCAGCAGCAGGUCGGGACCUGGCUACGUCACGGAGGAGAUCUGGAAAAAAGCCGAAGAAGCUGUGAACGAGGUGAAGCGGCAGGCCAUGUCGGAGGUGCAGAAGGCGGUGGCCGAGGCGGAGCAGAAGGCGUUCGAGAUGAUCGCGUCGGAGCGCGCGCGCAUGGAGCAGACCAUCGCCGACGCCAAGCGCCAGGCCACCGAGGACGCCUUCCUCGUCAUCAACGAGCAGGAGGAGUCCACCGAGAGCUGCUGGAACUGCGGCCGCAAGGCCAGCGAGACGUGCAGCGGCUGCAACAUCGCCCGGUACUGCGGCUCCUUCUGCCAGCACAAGGACUGGGAGAGGCACCACCGCAUCUGUGGGCAAGGCCUGCACGGCCAGAGCAAGCCCCUGGCCCUGCCCACGGGCAGGGUGGCAGCAGCAGCCAAGAGCCUCGAUGGCAUCCCCAGCCCAGCCCUGGAGAAGGGCUCGGCCACCACCUCGCGCUCCUCCACGCCGGCGUCCGUGACAGCCAUCGACACCAACGGACUCUAGGGGGGCUUGCUUCACUCCACUGGAGCAGUUCCCUGGGGUUUUUUAAGCUGAAAAACCUCCCCCUGCAGCAACUGGUACCACUUGACAUAUUUGACACUUCCCCUCGGAGCGCCCUCUCAUCCUGCCUUUUCCUUUGUGGCUCGUGGACAGGGGUGAGCCGAGCCUGCAGCAUCUCUCUGCUCCUCUCUGGGGACACCAGAGCAGCAUCAGGACCUGGGGGACACUGGGCACCUGCUUGGGGAGCCUGGACUGUGGGGAGAGCACUGGCACACGCUGGAGAUGCUGAGUGUGGUGCCCAAGCAGGGAGCCCUGUCCUUGUGGCGUGCUCAGGCUGGCUUCCCAAGGUGGCAGAGCCACCACUGCCUCCUCCUGCCACCUUUCCUCCAUGCUAUCCAGUGUUUUUUCCCUGCUCUCAGACAGCUGUGCCUCAGGUGGCCCUGUGGGGCCAGUUGUUGCUGUGAACAGACCAGAGCCGAUUUCUCAGCAGGAGCAUCUCAUCCUCUGUGCAAUGGCAAAAGCUGAGCCCACUUCUGCCUCCAGGCUGGCAGCUGAGGGUUGCAGAGGGGGAGGAGAGGAUUUGUUUGCUCUAAAGCAAGUGGCAGUGGCAGGAGGUACUGCUGGAUGGUUGGAUUUCAUCCCUGUCUGUGGUGAGACAGACAGUUGGGUGUUUGUGCUGGGGGAACACGUGCAGAGCAGAUCUGGGCUGGGUGCAGGUGCCCUCCCCACCUGGGGGCCGUUGUUUUGGGUUUUCACUGCCUGGAAGCUGCUGGUUUGGGAGUUCCUGCUGUUGUUUUUGAGCCCAGGGAUCCUCACUGGUGUGAGGGGCUGUUUACAGCCUGUACUCUCCACACUCAUCAGCCACACCAGUAAAAGAAAGGCAGGACUGGGUGUCCUGUGGCAGUUCUUACCCCAGCUCCAGGGGGUUCCUGCAGUGCUGCAUGCAGGGCUGGUGUCCCAAGAGCAGGGCUCAGAGCAAGGUCCCGUGGGGAUGGAGCCAGCCUGGGGAGAUCUGUCCAUGGCAGAGUCCCUGCUGUGGUGGGAGAAGGGCCUGGGGGGGCCCAGGCCAUGCAGGCUGUGGCAGCACAGCCCUGCAGCAGGGCUGGCCCAGGGCUGGCAGUGGCACUGCCCGUGGGAGGGAGGGAGGGCAUGUGCCCUCCAGGAGCUGCUCCCAGCUCCCACAGCCACACAGAGGCUCUGGAAAUCUCUUCCCUGGCUCUGUGUGUGCCCCUGUCGGGCUGGAGCCCAAUGAGGUGGGUAAUUCCCAGGUUCUUUGGGAUCACUUUUUCAGUGGAGGUGAAUAAUGGAGCUGUGAUGAGUCCUCACAGUGCUCCGGGGUGAGCAGGGGACUGCUCCAGCCCUGCCCCUUGGGAAAGCUGCUGCUGUGGGAUAGAGCUGCUGAGCUCUAAAAACUGUCUGCAAGGUUUUAUUAAAAAGCCACGAGGUCUCCUGGUGUUGAGGACAGCUCCAGUGGCCCUGGGGGUGUCUCCCCUGUGUCCCCAGCACUGAGGCAGCUCCCAGUGGGGGUGGCACUGGAGCCACCCUGACCUGCAGCAGCCCCUCCUAGGGCUGUUCAGUGCAGGGCAGGCAGGAAGGGAUUUCCUGCCUAGGGGGACAGGGACACCUUUGGAACAGCCUCAGGUCACUCCCACGUGGUUGUGAGGUCCCCUCCUCACCUGCAGCCCCAGCCUCAUGCUGUGGGUGGGAAGGGACAGCAGAGCAGGGCAGGGAGGAAUUGCUUGUAAAUAGAUUGUCUUCCAUAAUUCUCAUGCAACACUGAUGGCUGUGUAUUAAAAUUAACCCCAGUGUAAAUGAAUGAAAUACUAACAGUCAUGAUUAGAAUGAUUGCUUCUUUCUUUUUUGUUGGGUUUUUUUUAAAAAGAUGGAAUGAUAAAUGUGAACUUGGGGUGUGGGGAGACAUUGGGUUGAGGUUUCUAAUUUUUUUUGACAUUUAAUUCUGUAAUAGAAAUUUGUUACUUCAUUCCUGUGCAUAACUUAUUUAAUGUCCUGUAUAAAGGAACCCAAACUGUUACAGAUGUAUUUAGUUUGUUCUACUCAAAAGUAGUCAAUAAAAAGACUAUAUUCAUC